CUGAAGCGAACCUGGAAAGCCUUUUAGUCAGAAUCUAGCCCUGUUACGCCGUGGUUAGAUACUUAGUUCAUCAGUGUAACGUGACCCGAUAGUUGUUGGCCUGCAGCGGCUCAGCGUCAGACGAGCUGAGAAGCUGAAGAACCAGAGGGAAGAUACUGGCAGGCUGCUGAUGGCUUUAUAACAUCAUGGGCAGCAGAUGAUCCAUCACAUCUCCAAACAGACUGCUGGCUGGAAACUCAAUCUGGUUUAUAACAGGAUGGAGCACAUUCUAAAUUUAGAAGAGAUGCCGUUUAUAAGCGGACUGAGUGAAAAUGUUUCAGGACUGAGCUUUGAUGAGCAGCAGGAGCUGGACUGGACCCUGCAGGACUCAGACCUGCACUACCACAUUCUGACCAGUGGGGGGCAGAGCAACUCCCCACACACUGCUGCUGCUGUCUCUCUCCAUCCUCUGGUUCCCCUCUUUCACUACAGUGACAGACACCUGCCCCCCUCCUCCCCGUACAGCCAGCCAAUCAGCGAGCCCCUAGCCCAAAAGGCCAACUCCCCCUCCUGGACACGCCCCUGUUACCAUAGCAACACCGUUUCCAGAUCUCCGGUGAAGGUGAAGAAGCCUCUGAACGCCUUCAUGCUCUACAUGAAGGAGAUGAGACAGCAGGUGCUGCAGGAAGGACAGGAGAAGGAGAGCUCCGCCAUUAACCGCAUCCUGGGACGCAGGUGGCACGCUCUGUCUCCCUCUGAACAGUCCAAGUAUUACGAGCUGGCCCAGAAGGAGCGGCAGCUCCACAUGCAGCUGUACCCCGGAUGGUCUGCCAGGGACAACUACGGGAAGAGGAAGAGGAGGCAGAGGCAGCAGCAGCUCACUGAAGGCUCAUCUGGGACAGGAUUCGUCUGCAGCCACUUCUAGUUGAAGAAUCAAACUGUUUCUAAUUACUGUCAAUGAACUGAAAAUAUAAACACUGACUUAAUGCACUCACUGAACAUUUACACCCUGGUUCUGCUCAAGUCUUUCAGCUGCAGUGAGAUCGGAUACCAGCGUUCCUCUCAUGAUCAUCCUGUGCUUUCAGUCUAAGGAGUGUGAAGCCUGAUUCAUUUAAAUGUUUGGGUUUAUUUUAUCCUUUAAUCUGCGUUCAUUAUUGCUCUCACUGUUCUUUUUUUUUAAAUAUUUUUUAACCUGAAUUUCUGACCUAAACAAUUUGUUAGGAUUUCACACUAAUUUAUGUACUAAUUAAAUUUUUCUUUAAAAGUUUUGAGAU